CGAAUAUUUGUCCAAUUUGGUCCGUGGUUAUUAUUCAGUGGAAUCUCCGCUUAAUUAACCGAAUUUAUUACGUCAUUUGCACUUUAUGAUCUCUUCCUCCUACGUAACUGGCGUGCUGGAUAAUGUCAUAUCCACUCAUUAAUAAACAAGUCGCAUUCUCAUCCAAACGGCAUUUUAAUCACCUACAUUUUGAUUGCAAAUUGCCAGUACCUUACCGCUUCCCCCAUAGUAGUGAUUUGGCUUGUCGAAUACCAGCGCUUGCCUCGCGUCACGUAAUGGAGUUGUAAGGGUAUCACGUUACUGCUUCACGACGUGAGAGUAUAAAGGCUGCACGUAGUCUCUACUCUACAUCAGUCGAUUGCUGGCGGCCACAGACGUGCGAUACGACUCUUAUGUUCAAAUCCCAGUUCAAAUGGUGCAGACACAUUAGUGAAUAGGAUAAAAAUGUGUCCCCCGGACGACUUAAAGCGAGGAAAAGAAAACGUGACACCUAGGAUCAGCCUUAACCUUAGAAGCCGUCAAUUAAGGGAUUCACCUGGUGAAAUGACGUCAAAUUGCUCUAAGAGCAGGGCGUCGGAUUCCAGUUCCAUGCACUCUGCACACCUUAAUCACCACUCAAGCAACACUCACCGCAUGGAUAGGUACUUAAAGAAAGAACUGGAGGGGCCUAUGCCUCAUUCUGUUGACAACUUCAACAAUAACGACAGCGAACAGAAGACUUAUAGCAGCAGUACAAAGCAACGACGAAAUAACUCCGCACAACCCCGUACGGCGGCGCUGAGCAAAAGGAUUAACGCGCCCUACUGUGAUAAAAUGAAACCCGAGCUCGGCGAGCGCAGUUUAACUCUGGCAGGACCUAUGCUACGGAGGUCUUGCACAACCAUGUGUCCGAAUUCUCUCAACAGAACACAAGGCACUAGUAAAGUCCCUUUGUAUUCGCCAUCGAAAGAGACUACAAUGAUCAAAGACAAUAAAGGCAAUUACGUUCGGUUUCGUCUAGCCAGCAAGAACAGUUGCGACAAAAGCACAAGUUCGGAAUCGAACUGCGCUUCGGCGUCUUCCUUUCCGCACAUUACAGACAACGGCCACCAUGGGCCGGUGCCAGUUAAAAAAGUAAACGCAACUGAAAACAAAAAGGCACCAAAACAACCGCAAAACUGUCUCGAAAAACGAAAGCGAAACUUUCGAAGCCGUGAACCUGUUCUUCAACAGGACUUGGUCCAAAGGAGCAAUAAAGCAAAGAAUACGCACACAACCCCACGAUCAAACGCAUUAUCAUCCUUCACCAAUGCACCGAGUACACAGACACGCCAAGCAGGGAGUAAAUUAUCUAAAUCUAAAUCCAAAGAGACUCUUGCUCAAACGCUGGACCGUGUUUCGGUCCAAGAUACCAAUGGCGACUGUUGUGAGGCAGAGCACGAAGAAAUGUUAGAUCCGGAUCAGGUGAACAGAAUAAUGACGUGGCUAGAGGACUGUGAACGCGCCUUAGAGGAGCACGAAGAAACAGCCAUUGUGGUGCAUCACUUGCCGGCUAUCGGAGAAUAAUAGUGUUUAGGGUCAACAAACUAGUAUAAUAUGAGAUUUUUGACUUUGCCGCUGGUUGUUUUUUCAGUGAACAAUGUUAUUGAUACGUUUCAGAAUAUAACUAGACAAAGAGCAUAAUGAGAGAGACUCGUCUUCAUUCCAACAGUAGUUUUGUAGUUUAAUACCGUAAACUGCCGUUUCUUCACGGAUUUUGGUUUCACAUAAGGGGAUUGUACGAGACCGAUUAUGCAAAACCGUCUGGCCCAUAAUUUCUGUUAUCUUGUCUUAUUAUUCUUUGUUACAAAACAAAAGCAUGGGUGAUAACUUGCAUUAUAUUUACCAAAAGCGCAAACUUUAGGUUCACGGUCGGCUGCUUACGGCGAUCGUGCAGUAUUUGGAAUUGACAAUAUGAGCGGUCAACCUAGCGGUUAAACUGCCUCCAAAUGAGUAUCAAGUGCCAGUUAUCAAUAUCAAAUGGAAGACUUUAACGUCACGUUGUCAGAAUGUCAAAAGUAUCUUUUUAUGUUUCUGUCAGUUCGUCUUCAUAAUAACGAUCUCGUACGUGAGGUAAAUGAAGCUUCUGUUCGAGAGAUGUGGUGCUUUUUUUAUGUUUUUCGGGAUACUUCUGUUGUGUAGGAUGAAAAUGUUGUGCGAGGUAACUUGCGUUUGUAUAGAUAGAAGUGUUUUUUGUCAAAUGCCAAAAUAUAAAAAGUGAAAACUA